CUCGUGUUGGUUGAGACUGGGACAAGUAGAUUCUGCUUCCAUCUCGUCGCGCCCAAGAGUCAGCAGAGACCGCGACCAAGCAAGUCAGCGACAAACAACCAUCAGCGAGGCGCGCUCUCUCAUUCUACUCCAUCCAUGCUCCCAUGGUCAGCCUGCAGGAUGAGCUUGCAGCGCUUGAUAGUCUGGACGAUACUUCCUCCUUGUAUGACUUGGAUGCGCCUACAUCAGAAGCACUCAUGACGACAACGUCGCCCGAUAGACCCACAGCAGGCCGCUCACUCGCCUCUGAGAUGUCACAUGGCUCGUUAUUAGAUUCAGCAGGAUGUUCUCAAUCCCAUCGACAAUGUACAAGGCAAACGAAUCUCUUGCGACUUCGAACAUCUCUGGAUACCUUGAAACAGCAUAAACGCGACACGCACAGUCCCAAUACACUUCGUCAACUGCUUGCAGAACCCAGUGACUAUGAUGGUGCUGAUUAUGGAGAUCCAGCAGAUGAUUCAGAGCCAGAAGAGACGUUUCCCGUACUCGACGCAGCGAUUCACUCGCUUCAGGGGUUUUGCACAUUCGACGAGACGGCAAGUGAUGCAGAUGUUGUGGAUCGCUUUACAAAUGCGCUGAGUGAACUCAGACCACAAUCUGCCGUUGAAACAGUUGCUUCUCGGUGUAUCGCGGCGCAUGAGUCUUUAGCAGCUGCGAUGCCUCGGAAGAUCAAUGCACUCAGAGAUUUGGCAAUGCAAGUGGCUGCUGGCUACUUGUCUGUUGAGUCGGUGCAGGACAGUCAGGGUGAGGCAGUUUUGUUGGAUCAGAGACUACUGAGGGAGGCACUGAACGCAUUGGACGAAGUGAGUCGCGGACUGAGCCGUGCUGAUCGACCGACGACGAGCGAUAGCCAUGUCUCACACGGCAGUCAUGGUCAAGGUUAUGGUGAGAAUGCAGCAGACAAGUUGAAUCAGCUACAGACGGAUACGAAUGCGCUGCUUCUUGACCUGGCGAGCUUGAGUGACGCUCUCAGUAUGCUUCGACAAACUUCCUUGUCUGCAUCAAGGAAACUACGGACAGUACGGGAUCAGAUUGAAGUGAUGCAGCAAGAACAACGCAUGGCAGAGCAGAGUCGUCUCUUGCUUGAACGGGAUGGUUGGCAUGCUGGCGCUGCACAACGCAUUGUAGCGAGGCAGUGCCGCGAGAUAUGUGGAGGGUUUGAGGGGACUUGGCAGAGAUUGCGAGGGAGGUUAGCAGCGUCUGUUUGAGAUGCAUUGAAUGAGGAGCGUAUAGCAUAAUGUGUUGUAGUAUCAUGAACAAAGUACGUUGAAUCAAGGAGAA